AUGUGUCUUUAUCUUUAUUCUCAUGAACAUUAUCAAAAAGAACAUUUACCAAAACUUCAAAUCACAUUACCAAAUGGAACAAAAAUAUUUCUUAACAAUAAAGAUUCUAUAGAAAAAAAAAGUGAAUUUGAUCAUUGGCAUGAUAAAAUUGCCGAAACAAUAAAAAAUAGUGCAAAUUAUGGUUUUAUUCAUGCAUUUAUUGCAUCAAUAUCAGUUAUUAUUGUAUCAGAACUAGGAGAUAAAACAUUUUUUAUUGCUGCUAUUAUGGCUAUGCGUUAUCCACGUUUAACUAUAUAUGUUGGUGCAAUGGGUGCUUUAGGUGCCAUGACUAUUUUAUCAGCAUUAUUGGGAAAUAUUGUUACAAAAUUUAUUCCAAGAAUUUAUACAUAUUAUUUAUCAAGUAUAUUAUUUGCAUGUUUUGGUAUUAAAAUGUUACGAGAUGGAUAUUUAAUGUCACCAGCUGAAGGUGCAGAAGAAUAUGAAGAAGCUGAACAUGAAGUAGAAAAAAGUGAACUAACAAAUGAUCUUGAAUCAGGUAAUGGAGGAACAGGAAGUCAACAACAAAGAUUGCAAUCUACAUCUAAACAACGAACUUCAUUAACAAAAAUUACAUCAAUUCUACGUCGUUAUGUAUCACCUAUAUUUAUUCAAGCAUUUAUCAUGACUUUUCUUGCUGAAUGGGGUGAUCGAUCUCAAAUAACAACAAUUGUAUUAGCAGCUACGGAAAAUCUCUUAGGUGUUAUCAUUGGUGGCACGAUUGGUCAUGGUUUUUGUACUGGAUUAGCCGUUAUUGGUGGUCGUUAUGUAGCUCAACAUAUAUCACCAAAAACAGUAACACUUGUGGGUGGUAUUGUCUUCUUAUGUUUUGCUUUCUCAGCGUUUUUUAUCCGUCCGGAGAAAUAA